AAAAUUCAGUCGAGUCCCAGCCACACACACGCGCACCCACACACGCAUUCACAUCUCGCAAUCUCACAUCGCAUUGCGAGAGCGGAGCACGCGGUCUCUCCAUCCAUCCCUGCUGCUUCUCCAUCUCGCAUCUGCUGCCUCCUAAUUUGCUUCGGUUUUCACUCUACUCUUAUGGCGAAACAGUACUACGCAACGAGCAGCCUUGUGAUAGGCUAUGCAUUAUGCUCAAGCUUGCUUGCAAUCAUUAACAAGUAUGCCGUCACAAAGUUCGGCUAUCCUGCUCUCCUGACUGCAUUGCAGUACUUGACAUCUGCUGGUGGUGUGUGGAUCCUUGGAAAGCUAGGUUUUCUCUGCCAUGAUCCUUUCAACUUGGAGAAUGCCAAGAAAUUCGCGCCGGCCGCAAUUGUCUUCUACCUUGCCAUAUUCACCAACACAAACCUCCUCUACCAUGCCAAUGUCGACACUUUCAUAGUGUUCAGAUCCUUGACUCCGCUUUUGGUUGCCAUCGCUGACACCGCCUUUCGGAAGCAGCCAUGUCCUUCCAAGCUCACAUUCCUGUCCCUUGUGGUCAUAUUGGGAGGAGCAGUUGGAUAUGUGAUAACAGAUUCAGCAUUCAGCCUCACCGCGUACUCGUGGGCGCUUGCUUAUCUGGUGAUCAUAACAACUGAGAUGGUGUACAUCAAGCACAUUGUGACAAAUUUGGGGCUCAACACUUGGGGUUUUGUGCUCUACAACAACCUUCUUUCGCUGAUGAUGGCCCCCUUCUUUUGGUUCUUGACAGGGGAGUACAAAUCGCUCUUCACCGCGAUAGAAUCAAGGGGUGAGAGGUGGUUUCAGGUUGAUGCAUUUGUGGCGGUGGCAUUGUCAUGUGUGUUUGGAUUGCUCAUCAGCUUCUUCGGUUUCGCGACGAGGAAAGCUAUCUCAGCAACAGCAUUUACAGUGACCGGGGUAGUCAACAAGUUCCUCACCGUGGCGAUCAAUGUAUUGAUCUGGGACAAGCACUCGAGCCCGUUCGGUUUGAUCUGCUUGCUCUUCACCAUUGCUGGUGGAGUUCUCUACCAGCAAUCGGUUACAAAGAAAGGAAUUACCGCGCCGCAGCAUGAACCAGAAUCAUCUGAGCAAACCAAAGAUGACAAUGAGGGCAUUGAGCUUGAUGAGGAGAAACAAAGUUUGGUUCCAACUUCUAAAAGCUCCAAUGCUUGACUUGCAUGCUUAGAUUUACAUUCAGAGAUCCUUUAAUCUUGAAAUAGGCUUUUGUGUAGUGUGAAUCCCUGCAACAAAUCACAAUGUUAAUCUAGAAGCAACUUCCUUGUGUCACCCAAUUUCUUCAGGAAUACUGAAUACAAAUAGCACUGCUGUUGUUUUUUUCGUGGAAUGGCUUAUUCCAAUUGUAAACUUGUAAUACACUGCUGGUAUGGAGUAUGGACAUAUCAUAGCUGACAAAACUGAUCAUUGAACAUGGAUUUCUCUUAUUGUUUCUAUUGGAUAGAUAAUAGUUACUGGCA